AUGACUACUCUGAGCCUCACAAACCAUCUCCUUUCAUUCCACAGAACUCCGGAAGCAUACACAGCCGCUACUCGGCACCCUUUCCUCACCCAAGCUGGGGAUGGGACGCUACCUCCUUCAAGACUUGCGUUGUGGUUGUCUCAGGACCGAAUAUAUGCAGCUCAUGCAUAUCCGCGCUUCAUUGGGUCCCUUAUCGCCCGCAUUCCUUUCAGCGAGAAGGACACGAUUUUGAGCACCAGGGAAAAGCAGAAUGAAGACAUCUUGAAGAUCCUCGUGGAAUGCCUGGACAACAUCGUCCGCGAAGUCGACUUCUUCCGAGAUACGGCCGAGACAUUUGGACUGGACAUGGACGGCUGGGUUGAGAGGAAGGGGACGAGGGACUACACCGCCGAGAUGAGUAGGAUCUCGUCGAGCGGAUCUUUGGAAGACGGCCUCGUCUUCCUAUGGGCGAUGGAACAGGUCUAUCUUGACGCGUGGAGCUACGUUAAAAACCGCGUGCAGGACAGUGUCCCGCAGCAAUCGUCGCCUUCAGCGAUAGACAAAUUCGCCACGAACUGGAGUUCCACCGAGUUCGGGGUGUUUGUGAAAGCACUUGCUAAUCUUGUUGACAGUUUGGGUGUCGAACCUGGGACGGAUGGAUGGCACCGCGCAGAGGCUAUCUGGGAGCGUGUUAUCGAACUGGAGAUUGGUUUUUGGCCGGAAGAAGGGGAGGAGGUAAAGAUGAAAAAGGUGUUGAUUUCGGGGCGGUAG